AUGGUCGAGACGAAACUGGAGCCCGAUACCAUUAUCAUUAUCUACAGUGCUGGGAUCAGCGCUGGCGAGAAAGGUCAGCAGUGGCAGCCGGUCCUGUCGCUGCUUAGCGAGAUGGUCGAGACGAAUUUGGAGUCCACCGUCAUCAGCUGCAGUGGUGGGAUCAGAUCGUGGAUUGAAGGCAGGCAUUGGCAGCGGGCCCUGUCGCUGUUCAGUUAUAUACGGGAAGGGAAGCUGGAGCCCGCUGUCACCAGCUACAGCGUUGGAAGCGACGCGUGUAGGCACAGGAAGCAGUGGCGGCGGACCUUGUCGCUGCUCGUCGAGGUGUUUGAGGUGAAAGUGGAGGCCGAUUAA